AAUAAACCAAUGUCAAAUAAAAUUGAUGAAUUGACGGCUAGUUUCAAAAAUCUGGCCAACACAUUCGCCAAUAGGUCCAUGAGCAAGGACAAAAAUCCUACCAUCAGGAAACAGAGAUCUAAAUUUAUAAAAAAAGCCAAUGAAUCAGAAUCGUACGAGGAUACGGAAAUUGUGAAGCAUCUUGUAAAGCGCGAAAAGAGCGAAUCUGACAAAUCCUUCAUAAAAAAGUCACUCGCAAACAAUGUAAUCUUCUCUGCCCUGAAUGAUCUCGAAAUGUCGGCUUUUGUGGACUCAAUGUCCUACUACGUCUUCUCAGUAGGCUCAAAAGUUACGGAACAAGGCACAAACGGCUCAUAUUUCUUCGUUAUCAAUGAGGGUAUCUUUGAUGUGUACAUUGAUGGGAAGCUUGUAAACACCAUGGAACGAGGAACAGCUUUUGGAGAAAUUUCCCUGAUAAAUGACACACCGCGAACAGCAACAGUAAAGGUAAGAGGAGUAACUGAAAAUGUAAAGGCCUCGAGUGAUACGCUGGGCUCUCUUUGGGGAGUAAACCGCACUGUGUUCAGGGAAACCCUAAAGAACAUUUCCAUGGAAGUUUAUUCCCAAAAUAGGUCAUUUUUGGACUCAGUGAAGAUUUUUGAAAUGUUGACAGAGAACCAGAAAAACAUGGUAACCAACGCAUUUGUGGAAUCCAAAUUCGUACCAGGAGACAGGAUUGUAACCCAGGGAGAUUUUGGUGAUGUUCUGUACAUAAUAAAGGAGGGAAAAGCAGACGUUUUAAUAAAUGACGAAAAGGUGAGAACACUAACAAAUGGUCAAUAUUUCGGAGAAAGAGCUUUGCUCUAUGAUGAACCGAGGAGUGCAACCAUAGUUGCAACAGAGGACACGGUCUGUGUUUCACUAGGCCGUGAGAUUUUAAACAAAGUCUUAGGUAAUCUGGAUAACGUUUUGUUCAGAAACGUGAUGAUGGAAUAUUUACAAAACUCAACAGUGUUUAGACAGUUCACACCAGAUCAAUUGGCUAAACUGAUAGAAUCUGCAAGUGUGCGAGACUUUAAACCAGGCGACGUGAUUUUACAUAGAGAAGAGAAGAUCAAGGGGAUCAGAUUCUUCAUACUCCUGGAGGGAUCAGUUCAAAUCCUGUAUGAGGAUAACGAGAUUGGGAUAAUGGAGAGAGGAGACUCUUUCGGGGAAGAAUACGUGUUAUCACCUGAAAUACCCUUUGCCCACACAGUCAAGUGUAUCAUUAACGAUAAAAGAGCGGAAGGGAGCUGUAAAUUAGCACUCCUAACUAAGCACGCAAUUCAGGAGAUUUUAGGCACUGAUUUGAUUGACGAGAAGCUUGAUUAUAACAAUAAAUUGUCUGUAAUAAAGAAGAUGUAUAUCUUCAGAUACUUGUCAGAAGCCCACCUUGAUAUGCUCAUAAAAAAAUUCAAGAGUAAAAGGUACAAAAAGGGCGAAUAUAUAAUAAGAGAAGGUGAAGUUGGAGAUAGUUUUUACAUUAUAAGUAAGGGAGACGUAGACAUAAUAAAGUCUGGAACACGCUUAAGAACACUGGGCAAGAAUGAUUACUUUGGAGAAAGAGCGCUUUUGUACGAUGAGCCCAGAACAGCAUCAGUGGUAUGCUCUUCAGCAAACUCGGACCUUUGGGUGGUGGAAAAAUCUGUAUUCCUCAAGAUUGUCGAGGAUCCUAUGUUGUCACAUCUAGAGAACAGAAUCCGUGUUCAGGAUACUAAAGUCUUAUUUGACGAUUUACAUACAGUUAGACAAAUAGGAAAAGGCACCUUUGGAACCGUAAACUUGGUAGUUCACCAGCCGAGCCAACUUAGAUUUGCACUCAAAUGUGUUAGUAAAAAGCUCAUUGUCUAUAACAAACAACAAAAAAAUAUUAAAAUGGAGAAGGAAAUUAUGGCCCAAAAUGAUCAUCCAUUCAUCAUACAACUUGUAAAAACGUUUAAGGAUGAAGAAAAUAUAUAUUUUCUUACUGAACUUGUAACUGGGGGAGAACUGUUUGACGCCUUAAGGAAGCUUGAGUUGUUGAAAAAGCCGCAAGCACAGUUUUACCUAGGAUCAAUCAUACUGGCACUAGAAUACUUACAUGAACGCCAAAUUAUAUACAGGGAUUUGAAGCCUGAGAAUGUGAUGUUGGAUCAUCAGGGGUAUAUUAAGCUGAUUGACUUUGGCUCUGCUAAAAAAAUAGAGGGAAGAACGUUUACGGUGAUUGGAACGCCACAGUACAUGGCACCUGAAGUUAUAAUGGGCAAGGGAUAUAACUGCAUGGCUGAUAUUUGGAGUAUUGGAGUAUGCCUAUACGAAUUUAUAUGCGGACCACUUCCAUUUGGAGAUGAUGCUGUAGACCAGUUUGACGUGUUCAAGAAAGUCUUACAUGAUGAGCUGAAGUUUCCAGAUUUCUUGAGAGAUCAGGAUGGAAUAAACCUGAUCAAGAGACUACUUUGUAGAAAAACAGAACUUAGAAUAGGAAACUCCAUAAACGGAUUCAAAGAUAUCAAAGAACAUCCAUACUUCAGAGAUUUCGAUUGGGACUCGUUGGCGUGUAGAGGUUUGAAACCGCCGUUGAUUCCAGAAGAGGAAAACUAUAACGAAGAGUUUGACGACGAACAGCCGAAGAUUUCGGAACAAGAUUUAGAUUCCGACGUAAGCUCAGAUGACUGGGAGCAGGAUUUUUAAAAAUGUAAAUUAUUUUAAGUAAACUCAACUCAUUUGUCAUUUCAAU